CGCGAAGAAGAACAGGAUGGUGGUUGUUACUGCGGCUCGAGACUACAUCAAUCGCAUGCUACAGGACAUUUCUGGAAUGAAGGUCCUCAUUCUCGAUUCCAACACGGUCGGUCACCUUCCUCCUCCUUUGAAUUGAUUUCAUCAAAGAGAUAACUGGUCUCAGUUAACUGUGUUCUACUCGUUCGGAUCUCGGGGCUGUAUAAAACAACUAGUUACCCAGAGUUUACCUUCUUCGAUAGAAACUUAAUUAUGCAUUUUCAAUUCAUCAGAGAUGGAAAAUUUGAUUUAUGCAUUUUCAAUUGAUGAAUUUCAUUUCCCCCCUCCCCCGCAUGUAUUUUGCCUUUGAAAUUGUAAGCAACUGCGGAGGAAAAUGUUAUUUUUCCCAUCACUGAUAAAUUUACAAAGCUUAAAUCCCUCCGUCCUGAUGUUUUUGUCAUUUAAGAUGUUUGACGUUGGCUUUUUUUAAUGGAAUUUGUCGAAAUAUUGGUGUAUAAUUUAAAAAUAAAAAUCAUAACAACUUUGAAUGAACAAGAGCUGACAUGUAUUGUAACAAAUGACAAUUGAAAAUAUGUAAAGAAAGAAAGUUUAGUUUGACCCUAUGAAUAUAUGAAAUGAAAAUAGCUGGAUAAAGGGGGUAUAGAGUUUAAGAAGACUGAGCUGAAAGCUCUGGGAAUGAAUGAAGCAUGAGCUGUUUAUUAAUGAAGCUCUGGGAACUGGUGGAGUCUAUCUCUCUGUCCAAAGAACCAAUGUCGCAUCUCAAAGCAGUCUAUUUUCUGAGGCCAACAUCAGAGAAUAUUCAACACAUGCGUCGUCAACUUGCAAAACCUAGGUUUGGAGAAUAUCACCUAUUUUUCUCAAACAUAAUGAAAGACACUCAGAUUCAUAUUUUAGCUGAUUCAGAUGAAGGUGAAGUGGUGCAGCAACUUCAGGAAUUUUAUGCAGACUUUGUUGCAGUUGACCCCCACCAUUUCACUCUUAAUAUCGCGUCAAAUCACAUGUACAUGCUUCCAGCAGUUGUCGAUCCCUCAGGUUUGCAGCGUUUUUGUGAUAGAGUGGUUGAUGGACUUGCUGCUCUUUUUCUUUCUUUAAAACAAAGGCCUGUUAUUCGAUAUUCACGGACAUCUGACAUUGCUAAAAGGGUAGCGCAAGAAGCAGCGAAACUGAUGUACCAGCAGGAAAGUAAUCUUUUUGAAUUCAGACGGCCAGAUGUUUCCCCUUUGUUGCUAGUAGUUGAUAGGAGGGAUGACCCUGUUACUCCGCUACUUAACCAAUGGACCUAUCAGGCAAUGGUUCAUGAAUUAAUAGGCAUCCAAGACAAUAAGGUUGAUCUUACAAGCAUUGGCAAUUUUCCUAAGGAUCAGCAGGUUCAAUGUAAUUUACUCUUGUAGUACCUCUUUGUUUCCUAAUGUUUUGUGAAUCUAUAUAUAUCUGGGUAGUCUCAAUUUCUCUUUAUAUUAGGAGGUUGUACUGUCAUCAGAGCAAGACACAUUUUUCAAAGCUAAUAUGCACGAAAACUUUGGAGACAUAGGAAUGAAUAUUAAACAGAUGGUGGACGAUUUCCAACAAGUUUCAAAAAGUAAUCAGAACAUACAGACAAUAGGUAUGCAUGCAGAAGAACUUCUAAGUUUUAUUGUUUUUUCUUCUUGCAUCAUAACAUCUAUGACUUGCACUAAAAUGCUAUCAACCUUUCAGAGGACAUGGUUAAAUUUGUAGACAACUAUCCAGAGUACAGAAAAAUGCAUGGCAAUGUUUCUAAGCAUGUAACCCUAGUUACUGAAAUGAGCAAGAUAGUUGAAGAAAGAAAAUUAAUGUUAGUCUCACAAACAGAACAAGAAUUGGCUUGCAAUGG